UUAGAAUUUUUUGUCAGUUGUGGUAGCAACAAGGAGGCGAUUUAUUCAGCUCUUUUUCUUCCACAACUUUCUUAAUAUUGUAAUAUUAGAAAAAAGUAGGUUUUUAGAAGUGCAAAUAUAUAUUGAAUUACUGAAUCUAUUUAUUAACGAUACAAAUAUUGAAUACAUAUUGUACGGCAGUUGCGAAAGUUUUUAAAUUGGCCAGCAAAAGUUGGCAAAAUUUAGUGAAGACAGGAGCAAUCGAUUUUUUUUCAUUGGCAGUUCCUCAUAGCAGGAGCAGCAUAGAACGUACCGAAAAAAUAUUGAAAGUGAAAACGCCUUUAGCGAACAAUAUCAACGCGAUAAGUAAGGGCGAAUCGGCCGAACUGGCAAAAGACGAAACUUAUUUUAUAUUUGAAGUUAGUAAAGAUAGACACAAAUAACAAAGACUUGUGGUACAAUAGAAGGGCUGGAAGUAUAACGCCACUUCAUGAACGCGGAGGAAGAUACGCAACAAGCCAUUGGCGACGAAACUUCGAGCAUUAAUGAAGAUUCGCCAUCUGCUAGUCAUAACACCUCUACACGCUCACCAAGCAAUAAUCAACAAGCACACGGGCGGCAGCAGCAACAUCUGCAGUCGCUGCAACAAACGCGUACCACCAAUCCAGAUAUGAAACGAUCCGCCGUCAAGGAACUAAUAGAACGUUAUUUUUAUCAACUACAGCGAGGAUGUGGAAAUCCAAAAUGUUCGAAUGAGAAUUGUGCAUCCAGUGGCCAGGUGGCUUCUAUGAAUCCAAAUGAAAUAGCCGCACGCGCUAUUCAGCUUUUCUCACAAGAUGCUAAACUAUGCGAUUUCUAUAGUCAACCACCGAAGGUACCCCGCACCCAGAAUGACUCACCAUCGAGUUCACAUUCAGCCAGUUCUGCGGCCACAACACCCAGCAUACAAGACUCCGAUAUGCUUUCACCUAAUGAUAGUAGCACGAGUAGCACAAGUAGCACUACCAGCACUAGUAGCAGCAGCGGUAAUAGCACCAUCACUUCUGGCAGCGGCAGUGUGAACAGUCCCGCCAGCCAACGCAGUAAUAUAAGCAGUGGUGCUGGCGCCGGCCUUAGUAGCGGCGGUGGCGGUAGCGGUGGCAGUGGUGGCGGUGGAGGUGAUGCCAAUGUGGUUGCCGCCUCCUCAUCUACCACUUCAUUAUCUUCACAUAGCCGCGUCAACUCGAAUAGGAGUAUGGAGAAUAAUUGUGCCGCAGCGCCAGCUGACAUGUGUCAACUGGACAUACUCUGUAAUGCAGCAGAAGCGGCAGAAAUGGCUGUGGACAACAGCGAUUUGCUGGCGGCUAACACGGAUAUGCCGGUGGAGGGUACCAUGGAUGCCAAUGCGCCAGCAGUGAGAUCUGCCUCGGGGCCACCCACACCCACAUUCGCGCCUGUUCCCUACCUCAAUGAGGCGCUGCUUGACGAAUUGCUGGACGAAUGCAAAAAGUUUAAUACCUACGAUCGAUUAUUGCACGCCAUAAACGAAGUUUAUCCGCACGUCGAUAGGUUGAGUAAGAGUUUCCAAAGACCUGCGCUUCGUGUAUUAUCUACUCCACUGACUUCAAGUGCUACUACUUCUAAACUUCAAGAAUUGCUUGGCAAAUCACCAAACGAUUUAAAGAAAGAAGAUCUGCGCACGCUAGAAGGAGAAACUGAUAAAGAUGAAGACAGCACCUGCGUGUCGACCGAAGAAGAUACAUCAAGCAGAGAGCAACAGGCGCCACAAGUGUGCAUCGAUUGCGAUGACGAACCAAUGGAUGAAGAUGGUGCAUCUGACGGCUUUGCAUUUGUAGCAGCCGCGGCACGUGGCGCUGGUGACAACGAAGUAUGCGUGCAGUCGAGCAGUAAUGACACGUUGGUGGACUUGGAAAGUUUGCGACGGGUUAAAAAGAAAUUAUUUGCGUUGAACAACGCGAGCAUUGGUGAGGCGCUGAAUAGCAACAUAAUAUUGUUGGCCGAGAGUAUACGUUAUGGUCGCGAAGCUGACUGGGAAAAGGUGCUGCACUGUUUGGUGAUUUGUUUCGACAUGGCUACAAAUACGUCCAACAGUUUCGCCGAUUUGGAGUAUCUGGAACGUUCGUUGCCUAAGCUUUGCCAUGCUACACGGAUAUUGCCAGUUUCAGCUCAAGCGCGCUUAGCCCGUAUCUGGGCCGCGCACUGCAAAGAUCAGAUGCAAUCAUUGGUGCAGUGCUGCCACCAAUUGAUCACCUUACAAGUGAUACUCGACGAAGACACUGUACAGGAAAAUACCGAUGUCAUUGCAGUAACGCGUGUGCUCAAGAUUGCUUUCUACGCCAAUAUCUUAGCCGGUGAGUUAGACACCACCUCUAUAAAUGAUCAUAGCCAAUCGGCUAACACCAUCGAUGCUGAUGCUUCUUCAAAUACGGACACAAACAACGAGGAUGAUGAUAUAUUUUUCUAUGCUCAAGUACCUAAACCGCAUUAUCCGAAAUUCGCUGAAGACAAACUAGAGAAAGAGUUGGGUUUAUCAAGCAUGGACUGUCGUGUGCCGUUGGUGCCAUUUGAGGAAUUCUACAAUGAACCGCUAAGCGAUGCAAUACAAAUGGAUCGCGAUUAUUUAUCAUAUAGAAAUUUAUCACUGAAUCCCAGUGGUGAGGACCUACAUUUCUCCUUCAUGCUCUAUUCAUUCAUAUUAACGCCCGCGACCAAAGUCAUUGCACUUUACUACGAUAGUCGUAUACGCAUGUACAGUGAGCGAAACUCAUCGCUAUAUUCAUUAUUAAAUUCAUUCUCCGAAGGAAAUGAGUCCAGACCUGACUUGAAGUUAAAAGUGCGGCGUGAUAAUAUUAUUGAUGAUGCACUCAUUGGACUUGAGUUGGUAGCUAUGAGUAAUCCAAAAGACUUAAAAAAGCAGUUAGUAGUUGAGUUCGUUGGCGAACAGGGUAUUGACGAGGGUGGCGUUUCCAAAGAAUUUUUUCAGCUGAUAGUUGAAGAGAUUUUCAAUCCAGACUACGGCAUGUUUGUGCAUCAGGAGGAUACCAAUACGGUGUGGUUUAACUCUGCACCAUUCGAAAAUGAGGCGCAGUUCACGCUUAUUGGCAUUAUUUUAGGUUUAGCUAUUUACAAUAACAUCAUACUGGCUGUGAAUUUUCCCAUGGUCGUCUAUCGCAAACUGAUGGGCGGGGUUGGCACAUUCUACGAUUUGAAAUACUGGAAUCCCACAUUGUAUCGGAGUUUAAAAUCCAUGCUCGACUACCAAGAGGCCGACAUGGAGGAAGUUUUUAUGCAAACUUUUAAAAUUAGCUAUAAUGACGUCUUCGGUGAGGUAGUUGAACAUGAAUUGAAAUCCGGUGGUGGCGACGUAGUGGUGGGUCAACACAAUAAGCAGGAAUUCGUUGAUAUGUACAGCGAUUAUUUACUCAACAAGAGUAUCGAACGACAAUUUAGGGCUUUCAAGAAAGGUUUCGAAAUGGUAACAGAUGAGUCGCCGCUCAAAUUGCUCUUUCGCCCAGAGGAAAUCGAAUUGCUCGUCUGCGGUAGUAGAAAAUUCGAUUUUGUUGAACUGGAAAAAUCCACCGAAUACGAGGGUGGCUACACUAAGGACUCACAAGUAAUCAAAGACUUUUGGGAUGUUGUACACUCGAUGCCCGAAGAGUCCAAACGCAAGUUGCUUGAAUUCACCACUGGUUCGGAUCGCGUGCCUGUUGGCGGGCUAAGUCGCCUCAAGCUGCUAAUCACACGACACGGUCCCGACAGCGAUCGUCUGCCCACCUCGCACACAUGCUUUAAUGUAUUAUUGCUGCCAGAGUACAGCAAUCGAGAGAAGUUGGAGGAACGUUUACUAAAAGCGAUUAACUAUUCAAAAGGAUUUGGCAUGUUGUAAACUGUUGCUUGCUCAUAUGAAUUCCCAUAUCCAUGAGCAUCGAAUGGCAUCAGACGAAGCAGCCGAGCCGAAAUGGCGGUGUGACAGUUUGUGUAAUACGCAAUCGCAACGAAUGCUAAUUCACUUUUUUACAUUCUCGUUUUUUUGAGUCUUUCUUUUUGAGAAAAUGUUUUAAAAAAUAAUUGAUUUAUGAUGACUGCAAUAGCUGCUGAAGACUCGGCUUUAUUUCAGGUGUAUAUUUUUUUGAACAUACAAUAUAUGCAUACAUACA